UAGAGGCCCAGCCCGACGCGUUCCGUGCUCCUGCUCUCUUUCUGUUCCAAGCUCUACAGCCAUCAUCUCUCCCCCCCUCCUCCUCCUCCGCCGCCGCCGCCGCCCCCGCCCGUUCAGCAAUAUAGCAGCAACAAAAGGUCAAAAUAGAUGCCUUCACUGCAAACUUCGUUACCGCCUGAGCUUGCAGACAAUGUGAUAAGAUUGUACCGCGAGUGCUUGCGAAGAGCCAAAUAUAUAGGCCAAAAGAACUACAACACCGAGCUCCUUGUCGACAUGGUGAGGCAGCAGUUCAAGAGAAAUAUGCAUGAGACUGAUCCCGAUAAGAUCCAAAAAUUUAAAGACGAUGCUGCUAGAGGUCUUAUCCACCAUAUGCUUUACGAGUCUCAGAAGAUGAUGAAUCCAAAGUCCUCUCGCGCACGCUCCGCGUAAUCUCGCGUUUGAUGAAUACAAUCGAUCUUAACGUGUUCGAAAGUCUAUUUUGUUACCCGAGCCCAAUAUGAUACGACACUAUGUUUUUAACUGUUUCAAAAUUUCAUGACAUAACGGAAUAAAUUCUCAUGGUUUUCGCUGUCGUGUUGAAAACAAAGGUGAAAACAAAGUUAUAAACUCUCUUGGUUGUGGUCUAA